UUCCGCACCCCCAAUACACACACCAUUUCUGCAAACAAUAAAGAGUUUCUUCUUGUCUUUUCAAUGGCGUCAAGGAACAGCUUCUUCCUCACGAAACCGAGUUACAUCUACCCCACCACGGAAUCCGAAACCUCAUUCAGUACGGUUGAUAAUCUUGAAUUCCAAGAAGCUGAUUUCUGGAGCAGUGUAAAUGAAACUGCUGCCGUUGUGCCCAUGGACGGGAAAAAACAACAAGUACUCACUUCGCGUUCGUCGAAGAGAAGCGCCAGAGGUAGUGAUCGGAGCGGCCUGGUGGCACCGUCGUCGGUUCCGGUGAACGUACCGGACUGGUCCAAGAUUCUGAAGGAGGAGUACAGGGAACGCCGACACAGAGACAGCGACGAUGAUGCUGAUGAGAACAAUGACGAGGACGAUCAAGACAGCCGGGUUCCCCCGCACGAGUUCCUGGCGCGGAGGAGAGGGGCAUCGUUUUCGGUUCAUGAAGGGAUAGGGAGGACUCUUAAGGGAAGGGAUUUGCGCCGAGUGAGGAACGCGAUUUGGAAGAAAACAGGAUUCGAAGAUUAACAGCUAAAAAGUAAUAAGAAUUACUAGAAGAUUAUCGGCAGUUUUAUAUGCCAUAGACUAGGAAGGUUCAGCCUGCGUCAUUCUCUAUUCAGGAUCAUGAUUCUAACAUUAUCCUCUAUUUUAUGAGAUUCGUCAGAGGAUUGUUUUGUGUUUAUGUAACCAUCUGAUUCUGAGAUUUUGGGGAAGAUGUCAAUGUUUAGAUUGAUUGGAAUGGAAAUUUAUGUUUUCACUACUAAUUUUUGGGUAUAUAAUUUUUUUUAAGAAAGUGUGGUGUUGUGA